GUAGCGUAAAAUCUCAGCGGCUCCUAUCUGAAUCGUGACUGGUGUUUUAUGAUUGCCGACAUAAUGAAAGUACCCUGUCAAGACGAGCCCUCUCUGAUGCUGUGAAGUGUGUAUGUAUCGGCUCGAGGAGGGACGGGAGUCGAGGGGGCUCUCCUCGCAUCCGUCAGCACGCGGACGAUCAAGCUCACAGACGAACGCGACAAUUUUACACGUUCACUUUUAUUUAUUUAGUUAUUCCGAUUCCGCGUCAACAGUGAAGGAAAACGACCUUAUGGAGAAAGGGCUAUUGAUGUGUCAUUGAUGGGACCCUACUGGUUUAACUAAUGUGUAAUAUUUUCUAAAACUUCUAUGGAGCUCAUCCAGGCCACUCAGCGUUCCUUAGUGCCACAGGAAGAAUCCACAGUUGCCUGGAACAACAGCUCAGUCGUACUUUACUACCAUCCACUGCUUUCCACUAUUCCCUAUGCACUGAUUCCCAGCAUCACUGAAGCUGAAGAAUCUUUUCUUUUUAACAGCAGCUGUUUCAACUCUACUAAAAGUACACCUACAUCACUGCCUGGCUUGGCAGGAAUUUUCAUUCCUCUUAUUUAUGGGAUAGUUUGUAUAGUUGGUUUAGUGGGGAACACUCUGGUCAUCCAUGUUAUUGUAAACUACACAAAGAAUGAGUCAGUCACAAACAUCUACAUCCUCAAUCUUGCUAUUGCAGAUGAACUUUUUAUGCUAGGUUUGCCCUUUUUGGCAGCCCAAAAUGCUCUUCUAUCUUGGCCCUUUGGCUCCCUGAUGUGCCGUGUUGUGAUGACAGUAGAUGCCUUUAACCAGUUUACCAGCAUAUUUUGUCUCACUGUAAUGUCAGUCGAUCGAUACUUGGCUGUUGUCCACCCCAUCCGGGCCUCCUGGUGGCGACGCCCCCAUGUAGCAAAGGCUAUUAGUGCCACAGUAUGGCUAGGGUCCUUUGUGGUAGUGCUGCCAGUGGUGGUCUUUGCAGAUGUGCUAAAGGACGAUGGAAACUGCAGCAUUGUGUGGCCUGAACCAGCGAAAGUGUGGAAGACAUCUUUUAUUGUCUACACGUGCACUGUUGGCUUCUUCUGUCCUUUGCUUGUCAUCUCUUUAUGCUACCUGCUGAUCAUAAUCAAGGUGAGGAAUGUUGGAAGGCGGACCCAGACCACAUCCUCUAGACGCAGAAGGUCGGAGCGAAAAAUCACCAGAAUGGUGGUCGUUGUUGUAGCAGUGUUUGUUUUCUGUUGGCUACCGUUCUAUGCUCUUAACAUUCUAAACCUCCUUGUGGUCCUGCCUGGAGACUUCAGAGGGCUCUACUAUUUUGUUGUUGUGCUUUCAUAUGCAAAUAGCUGUGCCAACCCCAUAUUGUAUGGUUUUCUGUCAGACAACUUCAAGAGAGGCUUCAGGAAGGCCUUGUGCCGCGCUUCACGCAAGGUGAAGAACAAUGACAGGGCUGCCACUGAGGUACAGCAACCAACAGAGGAGUGGGGCGGCAUUGUGCUCCUGCCACAUAAGAGAUUACCCAACAUGCAUGGGAAAUAUUGUGGUGAAGUUGAUGUAAUGGAAGAAGCUGUUGGAGCAGAAGGUGGCUUGCAAAUGAGAGAAAAGGGUAGAUUGUCACUGAAAAGACAAAACUCCAAAGCAGAAGAUACUAAAUCCAUUGUUAUGCAGACAGCUAAUUCUGAACUGACUCCAGGUGUUGAUGAUCCUGAGGUGACUCUUUCUAAGCCCAGUAAAAGUAGAAACAGGACCUCACAAACUGAAGAAAUCCUGGACAAAAACUCUGUGCUUGAUAUCAGCUGCCUGUAAGAGUUAAUAACAGGACCUGCUAUUUACAUUGUGCAAUGCUUCAAAGUUCUCUGUGAUACCAGUUUGCAUUAGAAAUGGUCUGUCUUGAAGCAGAUGAUUUUACUUUGUAUAAUUAACUUUACAAACCAUAAAAGUUGGACAAAUGUUAGGCUGUCAAAAUAUUAGCUAGGACCUACAUUAAAAUGUGUAUAACAUGUUGAAAAAUGCUGAUUUGGGAAAUUGAUUGAAGUAUUUCACAGUUAAUGCUGUUGUCUUUUAGUUUUUGUUUAGAUUUUCAGUAUCAUUUGUGAGAAAUAUGACAUAAUGCUCCUUUCAGGCUGACAGGAAGAUAGAUUUUUGACAAAGAGCCUCAUCAGGGUGAUGAAACUCCUCAAAUUUCAGUAGAAAGGUAUGGGGUAAGAACGCUGUCAAAAUCAAUGUGUAUGUAAAGACGGAAAUGUGUGCAUGUUAGUCAAUAGUUGUGCAUAAAUAAAAUCCAAAAG